GAGGGCGGAGGGCGGCGAGCUGGAGCCGGGGAGAGCCGCUUCGGGAGUGCUGUCUCCAUGGCAGUGCUGGGCGCAGCCCGAGUGUGUCCAGGCGGCUGAGCCCCGCCCCCAUGCCCCUUGAGGCAUCCAGAAGACCCGUGACUGGCCAAGCACCAGAGGCAGCAGACAGCUGGAAGUCCUGACAUGGGGACCGGGGCUUCUCAGCCAGCCUCCUAGUUGGGAAAGCGGUCAGCUUGCCCCCCCCCAUCAACUACAGGGAUACUUCUGGAAAGGUCCCACCCAGCAUGGAGGCGGAGGACCACCUCUGCUGACCCUCAGUCUCCUCCCCCGCCCUCCACACCCGGCCUUAGCUGGGUCAGUCGUGCAAUGCUGAGCACGAGGGUUGGCCUAGGGGCGGCCUGCCUCCCUCCAGGGCAAAGGCUGCGGGCAUCAUGGCGGGGUGUGUGAGUGGGGCUCCCGGGUGAGGCCUAGCCCCCACCCCCAAGAGUUCAAGGGGGGUGGGGGGACCGGCGAAGGAUGGCUCGGGGUGGGCCGGGGGCAGAGGAGGCCUCCCUCCGCUCAAACGCAUUGUCCUGGCUGGCCUGCGGGCUCCUGGCACUGCUGGCCAACGCCUGGAUCAUCCUCAGCAUCUCGGCCAAGCAGCACAAGCACAAGCCGCUGGAGCUGCUGCUCUGCUUCCUGGCGGGCACGCACAUCCUGAUGGCGGCCGUGCCCCUCACCACCUUCGCGGUGGUGCAGCUCCGGCGCCAGGCCUCCUCCGACUAUGACUGGAACGAGAGCAUCUGCAAGGUCUUUGUGUCCACCUACUACACGCUGGCCCUGGCCACCUGCUUCACCGUCGCCUCGCUCUCCUACCACCGCAUGUGGAUGGUGCGUUGGCCCGUCAACUACCGCCUCAGCAACGCCAAGAAGCAGGCGCUGCACGCCGUCGUGGGCAUCUGGAUGGUCAGCUUCAUCCUCUCCACGCUGCCCUCCAUCGGCUGGCACAACAACGGCGAGCGCUACUACGCCCGCGGCUGCCAGUUCAUCGUCUCCAAGAUCGGCCUCGGCUUUGGCGUCUGCUUCAGCCUCUUGCUACUUGGGGGCAUUGUCAUGGGGCUGGUCUGUGUGGCCAUCACCUUCUACCAGACGCUGUGGGCCCGGCCCCAGAGGGCUCAACAGGCCCGGAGAGCGGGGGCUGGGGGCUGGGCCAAGGCGGGUGGGCCAGGGGGGUUGGGCACCCGGCCAGCCUUCGAGGUGCCGGCCAUUGUGGUGGAGGAUGCCCGAGGGAAGCGGCGGUCCUCGCUGGAUGGGUCCGAGUCGGCCAAGACGUCCCUGCAGGUCACCAACUUGGUCAGCGCCAUCGUCUUUCUCUAUGACUCACUCACAGGGGUGCCCAUCUUGGUGGUGAGCUUCUUCUCCCUGAAGUCGGACUCGGCUCCCCCCUGGAUGGUGCUGGCUGUGCUGUGGUGCUCCAUGGCACAGACGCUGCUGCUGCCUUCCUUCAUCUGGUCCUGCGAGCGCUACCGCGCCGACGUGCGCACGGUGUGGGAGCAGUGCGUGGCUAUCAUGUCCGAGGAGGAUGGCGACGACGAUGGGGGCUGUGAUGACUAUGCAGAUGGCCGAGUGUGUAAAGUUCGCUUUGAUGCCAACGGGGCCACAGGACCAGGGGGCAGGGACCCUACCCAAGUGAAGCUGCUGCCUGGAAGGCACAUGCUCUUUCCCCCUCUUGAGAGGGUCCACUACUUACAGGUCCCUCUGUCCCGACGUCUGUCCCACGAUGAGACCAACAUCUUCUCUACUCCUCGGGCACCUGGCUCCUUUCUGCACAAGUGGUCAUCCUCUGAUGACAUCCGCGUCCUCCCAGCCCAGAGCCGGGCCCUAGGGGGCCCUCCUGAGUACCUGGGACAAAGGCAAAGGCUGGAGGAUGAGGAGGAGGAGGAGGAGGCUGAAGGUGGGGGGCUGGCCAGCCUUCGCCAAUUCCUGGAGGGCGGGGUUCUGGGGUCAGGUGGCGGACCCCCCCCACGGGGUCCAGGCUUCUUCCGAGAGGAGAUCACCACCUUCAUUGACGAGACGCCUUUGCCUUCUCCGACGGCCUCGCCAGGGCCCUCUCCUCGCCGGCCCAGGCCGCUGGGAGUCUCACCCCGCCGACUCUCCCUUGGGUCCCCUGAUAGCAGAGUCGUUGGACUUCCUUUGGGGCUAAGUGCAGGGCGACGCUGCUCCCUGACAGGAGGUGAGGGGAGUGCAAGAGCUUGGGGAGGAUCGUGGGACCCAGGUAACCCCAUCUUCCCCCAGCUGACCCUGUGAGCCCAAGUGGGCCUGCUGGACUCGGGUGGGGGGGCGGCCUGGGUGGGUAACACCUCGUUCUGUCCCUGAGCCUGAAGCAGCUGCCUCCAGACUCUGGGGAGAUGGAACCCCUGCUGUCUCCCAUCCAAGUGACCAGAUGCCCGACUCACCUUCCAUCAUCCCUAGCAAAAUGUAUUAAAGUCUGAAGUGUCACCAUGGAAA